AGUGGAGGUGCGACAAUCGAAGAAGCCACAACAAGAUCUCACAAUGAAGCAGUUUAUCUACAUACUGGCCGUGGUUGCCAUGGCGAUGGCAGAUGAGACGAGCGUACAAAAACUGCUCGCUGAUGCGACCAAUCAUUUCACCGCUAAAAUGUUCGCUGAAGUCGCAAAAGAGAAUUCCGGCAAGAGCGUUGUAAUGUCCGGUUUCUCAGCGAUGUCACCUCUAGCUCAACUGGGCUUAGCCUCAGUUGGCAUAUCACAUGACGAAAUCCUCGAAGUCAUCGGCCUACCUAAUGAUAACGCUACAAAAGAAGUAUUUUCGUAUGUAAGCCAAGACGUACGGUCGGUAAAAGGAGUAGAAUUGAAGAUAGCCAACAGAGUAUUCCUUCCAGAAGGUGUUGCACUAAAUGAGGAAUUCGGUGUAGUUUCUAGGGACGUAUUCCAUUCAGACCUAAAACAAGUUGACUUCACUAAGAACAUUGAAGCUGCUGCCACUAUCAAUACUUGGGUUGAAGAUAACACUAAUAAGCGCAUCAAGGAUUUGGUUAAACCUAGCUCUUUAGGACCUGACACAAAAGCUGUUCUCGUAAAUGCCAUCUAUUUCAAGGGCAGCUGGAAGAACAAAUUUAACCCUGAAGCUACACAAGACCGCGAUUUCCAUGUAACAAAAGACAAAACGAUUCAAGUACCCACUAUGUUCAAGAACGGUAACUUCAAAUUUGGCUACAGUCAGGAAUUAGAUGCUAAGCUAUUAGAAAUUUUCUACGAAGGUGAAGAAGCAUCUUUCUUGGUUGUACUCCCAAAUGAAAUCGAUGGACUUAAAGCUCUUGAAGAGAAGUUGAAAGAUCCCAGCGCUCUGGAGAAGGCCACAGCAAUGAUGUACAACUCCGAUGUCGACGUGUAUCUCCCUAAGUUCAAGAUUGAAACCACAAUUGACCUAAAAUCUGUACUUUCAAAUAUUGGAAUCAGUCACUUAUUUGACCCUGCUAAUGCCAGACUUGAAAAGCUUCUUAAAAACUAUGACGACGGUUUAUACGUUAGUGAUGCUAUCCAGAAGGCGUUCAUCGAAGUAAAUGAAGAAGGAGCCGAGGCAGCUGCAGCAAGCGCAUUUGUUGAGUCAAUCGAAAGCUUAUCGAUUUCGAUGCCACGAACUUUUAAUGCUGAUAGACCUUUUUACUUCGAACUUAGACAGAAAUCUUUGAAAAUGUUCAACGGUGUUAUCGUCCAACUAUAAGUUUAAUGUAAAAUACAGAAGACUGGCAUCACAAUAAUGCUCGUAAUAAUUUGAAUAUUGACAAUAUCAACGUUUAGUAACAAGAACUAUUUGAUACAAUUAUCAUUGACAUUUCAUUUAAAAAAUAAUAAAUAUAAUACUUUUAUAAUC